ACUGGGAACAACGAUAGAGAAGGAGAUGAAGAACUCCCCUCUUAAUGUAUGGAAGGUUCAGCAACCUCAUUCCACCAUCUACAAACUUCACAAUCUCAUCCAUGCCAUAUUUUUGCUUGCUUUGCUUUACUACAGAGCUUCUUCACUUUUCCUAUAUGGCGUUCUACCCACGUUCCCAUGUGCUCUCAUCUUCGCUUCUGAGCUCCUACUCUCCUUUAUUUGGUUGCUCCGCCAGCCUCUUCGCUGGCAUCCGGUGUAUCGAACCGUCUUUCCGAAAAGACUACCUGAGGACGACGAGCUUCCGGCGGUGGACGUGUUCAUCUGCACCGCUGACCCAAACAAAGAACCCACUUUAGAGGUGAUGAACACGGUGGUGUCCGCCAUGUCCCUUGAUUAUCCGCCGGAGAAACUCUCUGUUUAUCUCUCCGAUGAUGCAGGUUCUCCGCUUACCUUAUAUGCCCUUCGUGAGGCGGCUUCCUUUGCAAAUUCUUGGGUACCAUUUUGCAGGAAAUACAGAAUUGGUACUAUCUGCCCCGAUGCAUUCCUUUCUGGGUCUGCUUCUGUUCAUGGUGAUGAUACAUAUCUUCGUUCCAUGGAUUUCAGUUCAGAGCUCGAGAUGAUGAAGUCGAAGUAUGAGUUGUUCAAAGAAAGCGUUCGGAGAGCUAAAGAAAUUUGUGAGACUGGGCUACAAGAUCGUCCUCCUCUUAUCGAGAUUAUAAGUGACAAUCAAGUCGUUGCAAUUGGGAAUGAACAAGCUAAGAUUCCCCUCCUUGUUUAUGUUUCACGUGAAAAAAGACCCACUCAUCCUCACCAUUUCAAAGCUGGAGCUCUCAACGUUCUUCUACGGGUAUCAGGGAUUAUAAGCAAUGCUCCCUGUAUAUUGGUGUUGGACUGUGAUAUGUACUGCAACAACCCAUCUUCGAUUCGACAGGCGAUGUGCUUUCAUCUGGAUCCCAAAUUGACUCACUCCCUUGCCUUCGUUCAAUUUCCUCAGGUUUUCUACAAUGUCUGUAACAAUGACAUCUAUGAUGGACGGUUGCGCUCUGCAUUUAAGACAUUGUGGCCAUGCAUGGAUGGGCUUCAAGGACCAAUACUAUCUGGCACAGGAUUCUACAUUAAAAGAAAGGCCUUAUACGGGAAUCCCAUGCAAGAAGAUGAUGAUCUCCUUCAACUUAGAUCCUCUUUCGGUAACUCCAACAGGUUUAUUGCCUCAUUACACCCAAAUUACCAUCUUAAUCCCAUCAAUGGAGCUAUAUCAUCAAAAGAAGUAGUCCUACAAGAGGCUCAACUUUUGGCCUCUUGCAGCUAUGAGAAAGACACACAAUGGGGUGAAAAGAAGGGUUUUAUGUACUACUCUAUAGUGGAGGAUUACUUUACAGGGUUUAUUAUGCAAAGUAGAGGAUGGAAGUCAGUCUAUUAUAAUCCUUCAAGUCCAGCUUUCAUGGGUAGUUCUACCAUCACUUUCAAUGAAAGCAUGAUCCAGAACUUGAGAUGGAACUCUGGGUUACUCGAAGUGAGUCUCUCAAGCUUCUGUCCAAUCACCUAUGGAGUUUCAAGAAUGUCCAUUCCUCAGGCAAUGUGUUAUGGGUACUUGGCAUUUCAACCCUUAUAUUCUCUCUCUCUAUUGUGUUAUGCUACUAUCCCUCAACUAUGUCUCUUGAAUGGCAUCUCCUUGUACCCCAAGGUUUCGAAUCCUUGGUUCCUCAUCUUUGCAAUUAUUUACAUAUCUUCACUUUCUCAGCAUUUUUUAGAGGUGUUCUUAUGUGGUGAUGAUAACUCAUUAAAGACAUGGUGGAAUGAACAGAGAAACUGGAUGAUAAAGUCAGUUGCUUCCUAUCCCUUCUCAUGUCUUGAUGUUUUUAUGAAGAGGGUUGGUAUAAGGGAGGCCAAUUUCAUGCUAACCAGCAAAGUCGUCGAUGAAGAACAAGUUGAACAAUAUAAGAAGGGGAUAUUCCAUUUCCAAGGAUCUAAGUUGUUCCUUGUCACAUUGGCCACAUUAGUCACUAUAAAUAUAGUGUCCCUUGUCAGUGGUUUGGCAAGAGUAAUAUCUCAAGGCAAUUAUGAUGAUAUGUUUGGGCAGGUUUUCCUCUCUUUUGCCAUCUUAGCUUUUAGUUAUCCAAUAAUUGAGGGAAUGAUCUUCAGGAAGGACAAUGGAAGAAUUUCAACUUGUGUCUCAAUUAUAUCUGUCAUAUUCUCCAUAAUUUUCUUAUAUUUAGGUUCUUUCCUCUUCUUUUAAUUAGCAAGUAAAAGGACAAGUAGUAUAAUAUAUUUUUUGUUUUAAUUUCAAUCUUAUAGAUCUUUGUUGUAUCCUAAAUAUUUCCCAAAUUUAUUUCCAAUUUCUUAACGAUGAUGCACUGGUUACAUACAAGUAUGUAAUUUUGAUUCAUGUUGGAUAUCUAUGGUAUACAAAAG